CUUCUACAAUUCGCACGGCUACAGUAUCAAGGACUCAUCGCUUUACUGAUGAUGGCCCUUGCAGUCCGUGCGCGAUGGCAAAUCAUCCUUCACUACUACGGAUUACUAAGAUAACCUGUACACUGGUGGCCUUUCAUUAAAGGUGCAAAAGCUAUCUGAAGCUAAUUCAUCGUCUCAGUCGCUUUAUCAUUCUCAAAAUCCUCCAGGCAGACAAUGUCCGAGUCUCUCCCCGAGAACACGACCGUGCUUAUUGUUGGUGCAGGCCCCGCAGGUCUCACAGCUGCUCUUGCUCUCAUUCACAACAAUCUCCAUGACUUCGUCAUCGUGGAUGCCAUAAGCGAAGGAUCCAAUUCAUCGAGGUCCGUCGCCAUACACUGUGCAACCAUCGAGGCUUUAGCAAGCAUCGGUGUCGCAGAUGGGUUACUGUCUCAAGGCAUCAAGGGAAAGAGCAUCAGAAUCAUAUCCCGUAGUUCGCAGAUCUUUGAGGUCAAAUUUGACCCUCUAAAGAAACAUUCCACCCACCCUUACGCACUUUUCAUCCCUCAAUGUGUGACCGAGCUUGUACUUAUGCAGAAGUUGCAGAGCCUUGGUGUGCAGGUGCAGCGUCCACACAGGGUGGUAGGAAUGAAACAGAAUGAAAAGGACUCUCGCGUCACUGAUGUGUCCUUUGAGGACGGUCAAGUUAUCAGCGCUAGAUACGUUAUCGGCGCAGAUGGCGCCCGCUCAACUAUCCGUACCAUCACUGGUAUAGGGUUCUCUGACCCAGAAGGCCCACACGUAGUCAAUGAAGAGUUAGCUCAAAUGGUCUCUGCGGAUAUCACGUUCGAGCCCGAACCUGUCGGUCCAGUCACCCUCGAGGGCCACCUUAACGCCGAAGUCUUUUCGGGCAAUUUAUUCAUUUUUUUACCAUUUGGCAAUCACUUCAAUGCCCAGCUGUUGCGAGAUGGAAAGCCCUCUACGAAAUCCGUCUUUCGUAUACUUUGUUCCAUACCCAUAAAGAAUGGAGAGCCUCCCCGUGCUCCACCGAAAGAGUAUAUCCAGAACGUGGUCGACACAUACGGGCCAGCGUGUAUAUCAUCGGAUCCGUCUCUUAACCCGAACCCUGUCAAAGUCGACCAGCUGGUCUGGUCGUCAGGUUUCAGAACCCAUUCCGCCAUUGCAGACCGUACCUUCACACGUCUCGGAGCCGCCAUUUUUCUAGUCGGCGACGCAGCCCAUAUACAUUCACCUAUAGGCGGGCAGGGCAUGAACCUGGCCAUCAGGGACGCAAUCUUCCUCGUAGAGGCUGUCACAAAGCACAUUCAAGCGUCUGCAGAGAAUCCCGAUGUGGAUGAUACCAUUUUGCAGGAAUUCGCAGAGGCACGUCAUGCACGAGCGCUAGAAGUCAUCGGCUUCACCAAGACACUUUUGAAACUCGGAAACCUUCCGUACGAUUCAUAUGCUUGGUGGAUGCCGGUCGGUUUGGCAUCCAUCCGCGAUUUGAUACUAAGGAUAUUUGGCGGAUGGAAUUUCGUACAGUCGAAAGCUGCAUGGGGACUGAGUGGCCUUGGGAGACGGUAAUCGCUUGGAUGGUUACCGCAUUAUAUAUACCCAUGACAUUCGUAUUUCUGUUUGCAAAGAUAUUUUGUGUGUUUUGUUUUGUGCCAAUACUACAUCAAAUGCAAGAAACAUCAGAAUGUUUA